AUGAGGUCACAGCUGACCUGCCAGAUCCAACACAACUCCUUGGAGGCUCCCUUCCAGCGGACAUUUUCACUCAGUGAUGUCCUAAGAGUUCCUCCCAAAGUCCGUCUGGAGACCAGCCCACCUUCCCCCGUCCAGCUGAACGCCCCUGUGAUGGUCACUUGUCACGCAGAAAGUUUUUAUCCAGACGAUGCAAAAGUGGAGUUGUUUCCCAAGGAUGCCCCCAGCAGAAAAGGAACAGUUGCCCAGAGAAUUUCGAAUCCCGAUGGGACUUUUUCCCUGAAGACCUACCUGGAGAAAACGGAGGUAACACAACUUCCGGAAACCGUAUCGGUGAAAGCUGGAGACAGCCUCACUCUACAGUGUACGUUGACUGGGGUAAAUUUACUUGGAGGCGUGCAGUGGUUCAAAGGGCUGGACAGAAACCAGCCCCCCAUUUACAGCGAUAACGUACGCGCUUCCAACCGGGGGGUGAGGCUCAUCCCAAGAUCCAACACAGACUUCAGCAUCAACAUCCCAAACAUCCGUCCUGAAGAUGCCGGGAUCUACUAUUGUGUGAAGUUCAGGGCAGGGAUCCCAGAGAGAAAACUGGCUUCGGGGAAAGGCACUCUGGUCUCCGUAAUUGCCAAGCCAUCCCAGCCUGUGGUUCGUGGCCCCACAAGAAGAGUCGUGGCAGGGUCUCGGGCCUCCUUCAACUGCUCCACAGAGGGAUUCUCCCCCCAGGAGAUCACAGUCAGCUGGUUGAAGGAUGGGAAAAAAAUACAGGCUGCCCAGACCAACAUCCUCAAUUCUGAUGAAACAGAGAGCAUUUCAUACCAAGUAGAGAGCACAGUGGAAAUCCCACUGGAGCAAGGAGAUGUGAAGUCUCAGCUGACCUGCCAGAUCCAACACAGAUCGUUGGAUGGUCCUCUCCAGCAGGCCUUCCCACUCAGUGAUGUCCUAAGAGCUCCAGGUUUCCUGGCCCCAGUUUCCCUGCAUGGAUUAGAAAAACUGCAUUUCUAA